AGGCAUGCGCAGACCAACUUGGACCACAUAGUAGGGUAGGCCACGUAGUAAUCUGGUAGGUCUAAUACUUCUAGUUUCGACAGAAAGAAUAUCUCAGUAAUCUCGUGCGGUUCUUCUGUUUGGUUGAGUCUUUUUUUUAAGGACGAACUACUUUAUCUAAACGCAGGUGUGUUUAAGGUACGGCGAAGAGAUUUGUAAGUUACACGAUGGAUACGGAUUACAUGAAUUCGAUCAGGCACACAGUAGUUGUGGAAGUGCAACAAGGAAAGCUGUUAGGAUCGAUUAAAGAAGGUGUUUUAGGCAGCAUGUACAAAGCUUUCCUAGGCAUACCUUAUGCGGCUCCACCAAUUGGUUCAUUGAGAUUCAGAGAUCCCCAGCCACCCGUGUCCUGGAAGGAUAUCCGAGUGGCGACUGAUGACAUGGGUGUCAUGAGCGCACAGUUAUGUCGUAAAUCACCUAAAAAUGUAAUUGGUACCGAGGACUGUCUUUAUCUUAAUGUCUACGUGCCAUAUGAGCAAUGUGAAGAGGUCUUGCAUAAAGCAGUUAUGGUUUGGAUUCACGGUGGGAAUUUUCACUACGGCAGCGGAAAUUAUUCUGAGAUACGACCCGAUUAUUUCAUGAAGAAAGAUGUCAUUCUGGUUACUAUCAACUAUAGACUCGGUAUCUUAGGUUUCUUAAAUCUCGGUCAUAAGCAUGCCUGUGGGAAUCAAGGAUUAAAGGAUCAGAUUGCCGCGUUAGAAUGGAUCAAAGAAAACAUCUUCAAUUUCGGCGGAUCUCCAGAUAAGAUCACUGUUUUUGGCAAUGGCACGGGUGCGAUAUCCACGCAUUUGUUGAUGCUGUCGCCGUUAUCCAAAGGUCUCUUUCAGAAGGCUAUUCUUCAGAGUGGCGUCGCUCUGUGUAAUUGGGCGAUAAAAGAGAAACAAACGGAAGGGUUUGAACUCGCGUCUAAAUUGGGCUGCUCCAGCAAGGAACUCGAAACAAUACUUGCAUAUUUGCACAAAAUUCCUUAUCGCGUGCUCGUUUUGGCGGAGGCUACUAUAGUCUCAGAAAAGAAACGGAGGAUCAGAAAAGUCAUAUUUGGACCUACAAUCGACAAAGAAUCGCUGAAUCCUUUUCUUCCGUGUCCCGUUCGUGAACUGUUUGAGAACAACAACAAUAAUAUACCGAUCCUGAUCGGUCAUAAUACCGAUGAAAUCUUUGAAUCUUAUCCACAAAUGACAGAUGAAAAAGCACUGAAGGACGAGGAUCUUACAACUUAUGUCGAAAUAUUUGCGGGUCAGCACAACUUGGAUAAAGUGCCAAAUUAUACAAAGCAAAUUUUAAAGCACUAUGGACAAGUAUCUUCAUUUAAAACAUGGCAUUCCGAUGUAAUCAAACGUUGUCUGAGCGACUUGUAUUAUAAUCACGCUAUUAGAAGCGUUGUGAUUAAUCGAGCGGAACAAAAAAUGAAGACUUACUUUUACUUAUUUUCUUAUAAUGGCGAUGAGAAAAAAAUAAAAGAGCAUAGUACAGAAUCAUCUGGUAAUAUUACAUCUGAGAAGAAAAUAUAUAGAGAUGACACCAUGUCAAACAUCGUUACUCACGGCGAUGAAUUAGCAUAUUUGUUUUACAUGCCUGAUCAAAGAAAUAAAAAUUUGUUCGCAAUGACGCGGAAGGAUUAUGAUAUAAUAAAUAUGAUUACACUCAUAUGGAGCAAUUUUGCAAAGGAAGGCGAUCCCAAUUUUGAAACUACAUAUGGGGAUUCUGAUUGGAAAGACAUAACGUCUAAAAAUGAACUAAUGUGUUUCGAAAUUAACAGACAACCAAGUGGCUGGAUUAAAGCAAGGAAACAUUUGAUCUUAACAGAUAAGUGGUAUUAAAUAUCAUAUGUCCAAUAUUAAAAAUAUGUGAAUGCAAAUUUUUGUAAUGGCGGAAUUUUUUAAGAGUACACGACGUAUAUGUCUAAAUAUUGUGUGUUGAAUAAUAAAUAUCAUUACAUGAGCAUAUAUACAAA